AUGGCGCCUCGUUCUCACCCUGGUCGUCUCGGCUGUCUUCAAGCUCGGCCUGUCAUCAUCGUACGACCUGGCAGUGCUGGAACAGCCGCUGCUGCCACCGUCUCUUUGAUGGAAGACACUCGGCGGCGGCCGUCGGCGGCGGUCGGCAUUCAUUGCUGGGAUGCUUCGGGAGACAGCAUUGUCUUCGCGUGCCACAAACCGAAGUUUGGCGUGAUGGGUACAUUCGCUGAGUACCGUGACAGAGUAGCCGAACGAGAGCGCAAACUGGAAGCAGAGUACUCGGCGAAGAUCAUCUCCCUCUCAGAGGAGGUGCUGGCUGCAAAAAAGGAUUUUGAGGAACGCAUGAAACAGUUCCAAGCUUUACAGAGGGAAAUUCAGCUGUUGGAACAGCGGUGCUCAGAAGCGCAGCUGCUGAACCUCGAGCAAAAGUACAUAAUAGAAAUAAAACGGCUUGAGGAAGAACGAAAGUCGCUGAGAACAGAAAAGGAAAAAAUGAACGAAACAUACGAAGACAAAUUCAACCGGGCUCAGUCGCUGUACGAGUCAGAACUUUCCACAGCCAAGUCUUUGUACAGUAAAGAGUUGGAAGCGCUGACUGAUCAUGAAAAAGCUCUGAAGGAAGAAUUAACGGCUAGACAAGAAGAAUUCAAAGAUCGGCUCGAAGAUUCUCAGUAUCGAUUACAGCAGACGAAGGAAGAGUUUGUGACUUGUCAGAGGCAAGUUUUGGAACUCCAAACUGUUCUUAAACUCAAGGAACAGGAGAUCGAUUCCGUGACAAAACAGGCAGGGUUUUAUUCAGUUAUGUGAAC